AUGCAACAGCUAAAAGCUCCCCUCGUCCCCUUUCCCACUUUGAACCGUACCACUUUGAACCAUGGGUUUACUACUACUCCUACUACUGCUUCAUCAUGGCCUACCUCCAAGAAGGAGAGGAGAUCACUUCCGAGAUCAUGUUUCAGUCAUGAAAUACGUAGAAAACUACAAAGACAACACCAACUACGAGCUACUGGUACUUGUGCUUGA